AUGGCAACGGAGGACAUAUCUAUGGACGCUGUGAUGCAGGAAUUUGCGCAGGAUUAUGUCGGUAGGGCCCAGAAGAUGUUAGCCUACCUCAAGGAACGGGCGACAGACAUCACUGGAGACCCUGUUGCCCUGCUGGCUGCAGCCGACAAGUACUGUGUCGAGAAGGAUCGUCGAAUGAUGCACGUUGGAGACGAGAAAGGUGCUAUAGUGCGCAAGGUGGUCCAGGAGUUAGCCCCCAUGACGUGUCUGGAGCUGGGCACAUACUGCGGCUACUCGGCGGUGCUCAUGGCGAGUGUUCUACCCGAAGGAAGCCGGUUCAUCACCCUCGAGGCUGAUGAGACACUCAAGGAGGUAGCCGAGGAGUUCAUCGAUCUGGCAGGACCACAAGUCUCCCAGAAGAUUACUAUCGUUAACAAGAAAUCCGAAGACGCCAUCCCAGCCCUGCGUGAUGAUUUUUCGGUGGACACCUUGGAUUUCGUCUUCAUCGACCACCUGAAGACCGAGUACCUGAGGGACUUAAAACUCCUCGAGUCGCAGGGCUUGUUGAGGAAGGGAACCGUCGUUAUGGCGGACAACCUCAAAGUUCCGGGGAUCCCAGAUUACCUGGAGUACGUCCAAAACUCGGGGAGAUAUCAGACCGAGUUGAUACAAGCUAAGCUUGAAUAUUCCGAGAUGGAAGACGCCCUUGGCAAAUCAAUCUACUCAGGCUGAAGGGAGCCUUAAGCUGGACCCGAAAGCCCCAGUUUUGAACAUUGUCAAUAUUAAGGCUGGGGGUUGGAGC